GGGAAGAAAGAGAAAAGACAAAAGAUAAAUCCAAGAGAAAACGAAAGAGAAAAAAAGAGACUUGUGAAGAAAAACAGCUGUAGUGUUGGUCGCUUGUGAUAUUGGUGCUUCAUCUAUCCAUCUUCUGCAUUUUCACCUUUUUACUUGAAAAGAGGAAAGGCAAGUUGGAGUUGGGGGUUUAUCCAUCUCAAUUGCGUAGAUCAGCGCGGGCUGGGUUCGAUACGUGUCGACUCUGUGCUGAAUCGCGUUGCUAUGCUGUCUCGCCAGUGAGAGUAGGGGCGGCCAAACACUGAAAUGUCGGCUCCGCUAGCCGCAUUUGAACGCCCGCGCAUUGUGAACUCGAACACGAUAUUCAAGAGCGGGAAUCUGCUCAUCUCUUCCAAAGGGUUAGGAUGGAAGUCUUGGAAGAAGCGAUGGUUUAUCCUUACCCGCGCCUCUUUGGUUUUCUUUAAGAACGACCCGAGUACACUUCCACAGCGUGGUGGUGAAGUAAAUCUAACUUUGGGUGGCAUUGAUUUGAAUAAUUCAGGGAGUGUUGUAGUUAGAGAGGACAAGAAAUUGCUGACUGUUUUGUUCCCUGAUGGACGUGAUGGCCGGGCAUUUACUCUUAAGGCAGAGACUUCUGAGGACUUGUAUGAGUGGAAGACAGCCCUAGAGCAUGCUCUGGCACAAGCACCAAGUGCUGCUCUUGUGAUGGGACAUAAUGGGAUAUUUAGAAAUGAUACAAAUGAUGCAUCUGCAGGUUCAUUUCAUCAAUGUCGGUACCAACUAUUCUUCAUCCUUAUUCUUCAACCAACACUGUUUUGGAGCUAUAUUGGAGGGAGAGAAAGACGGCCAGUUAAAUCUUUGGUUGUCGGACGCCCAAUUUUGCUAGCCCUGGAGGAUAUAGACGGAGGCCCUUCCUUCUUGGAAAAAGCACUUAGGUUUCUUGAGAAGUAUGGAAUUGAAGUGGAAGGAAUUCUGCGGCAGUCUGCAGAUGUUGAAGAAGUGGAGCGAAGAGUUAAGGAAUAUGAACAAGGCAAGAAUGAAUUCGGUCAUGAUGAGGAUGCUCAUGUCAUUGGUGACUGUGUUAAGCAUGUUCUUAGGGAACUACCUUCAUCUCCUGUUCCUGCAUCGUGCUGUACUGCAUUGUUGGAAGCCUAUAGUAAGCUCCUCUCUAUUAUGAAAUUUGACCGCAAGGAGUCACGGGUGAAUGCUAUGCUAACGGCGAUACAAGAAACUUUUCCGGAGCCCAAUAGACGCCUCCUACAGAGAGUUCUCAAGAUGAUGCAUACCAUUUCCGCACAUGCUUCUGAGAAUCGAAUGACUCCAUCUGCAGUUGCUGCUUGUAUGGCUCCCUUGCUCUUGCGGCCACUUUUAGCUGGUGAAUGCGAACUAGAGGAUGAUUAUGAUAAUAAUGGAGAUAACUCUGCCCAGCUUCUUGCUGCCGCCAAUGCAGCUAAUAAUGCCCAAGCAAUUAUUACUACACUGCUGCUGGAGGAAUAUAAGAAUGUUUUUGAUGAUGAUAGUCUGAACAGAUGUUCAAUAUCUGCGGAAUCUCAAACUGAUACUAGUGGAAGUGAAGAUUCAAGUGAUGAUGAACAUCCGGACAUAAAAAUCAAUGGUUAUCAAGAUGCUGAAAAUGAAGUUCAUCUUGAAGCUGAUUAUGGUCGUGAACGAAGGCACAGUGGGAAGUUAAGUCAAAGCAGUGGCUCUGCCAGUGAUCUGUAUGACUAUAAGGCCAUCGGGAAUAAUGAUUCAGAUGAUGGAUCUUCCUUGCACAAUCGUGCUUUAAGUUUAGCAACAGUAAAUGCAAAAUUGGACUCUAGACUUUUAGCUGCAGCUGGUUCAGUUAAUGAGCAACUUGAGGAACAGCGGAAGGUAUGUGAAAAUGCGAUUGGUGCCUCUUCUGAUGUACACGGUGAUGAAUCACAGCGAUCUAUGGGAGAUAUUUUGUCCUGUGUGGAUCAAGAGCUACAUCAAUCUACUCCUGGACAUGACAUGCUACCUGAUAAGCCAAUGCCCAAACAUUCCAGUCUCAGUGCCAAGAAAUCAAUGUUCUGGGGGAGGAAAAAUGCCCGAAAAACUCCUUCAACAGAGUCAAUUAGUUCUUCUGGUGAAGAAGAGCUUGCCAUCCAGAGAUUGGAGACAACAAAGAAUGAUUUGCGCCAGAGGAUUGCAAAAGAGGCAAGAGGAAAUGCAAUUUUACAAGCUAGCUUGGAGAGAAGAAAGCAAGCUUUGCAUGAGCGUCGGUUGGCACUUGAACAAGAUGUAACUAUGCUGCAAGAACAGUUACAAGCUGAGAGAGAUUUACGAGCAGCUCUUGAAGUUGGCUUAAGCAUGUCUUCUGACCAGUUUCCUGGCACCCGCUGCAUGGAUUCCAAGACGAGGGCUGAGCUUGAGGAAAUAGCUCUCGCUGAGGCAGAUGUAGCCAGAUUGAAGCAGAAAGUUGCUGAGCUUCACCAUCAGCUAAACCAGCAGCGUCAGCACCACUAUGGCUCUCUUCCAGAUGUAAAUGAUUCUUAUCAACAAGCUCCGACUCAAAGUUUGCCGCAAAAGCAUUUCCAACAAGAUUUUGACACAACGCUUGCUGUUUGUAACCAUGAAAGGAAACAAAGGACCGAGGAAUUGACAGACCUGAGAAAUAUCAAUGGACCAUUGUCAACAUCAGGCGUCAGUAAGAAGCAGGCUUCUUGGAAGCAAUUUGUAGAACCAACAAACCCGAGCGAUUCUAAAAAUGGUGAAGCAUCCAAAAGCUUACCAACUGACAAUCUUUGUGAUGUUGAUUCUGCAUCUCUGCCCUCUACUUCUAAGGUGGCUGAGAUGGUGGAACCUCGAAACCUUGCAGCAGCAUCGUCAACAUUGAUGGAAUUGACAACGCGGUUGGACUUCUUCAAGGAGAGGAGGUCACAGCUGAUGGAACAACUCCAAAAGCUGGAUUUAAACUAUGGAUCAAUGCCUCAUGAUUUUGUGUAUAGACUUUCUUCUCCUCCUUGGAACUAAUCAAAAUCCCCCUUUUGUACAUUCUCUUCCUCUCCUCAACACUUCAAACUACUAUUGUUUGUAUGAAAUGUAGAUUGAAGUAUUUGUUUUUGUUGUGAGUUUUAUAAUUUUUUUUGAUACUGCUAGUAAUGCAGAAGUAGCACCACUGGAAAUGUGUUGCCA